AUGACAGUGGCACAGGUAAAACUUCAUCUGAUGCACCAUUGGCCUGAAAAUGUACCAUCUACUAAAGACAUUAAGACUAUUCGUCUUAUUUGUAUGGGACGUGGUAUAUUACAAGAUACUCAAAGCUUAGAAGCUGCUGCUGUUCCAAUCUUUGCGACACAUCCAACUCCAAUUAAUGUAUCAGUGAAUUAUAAACCUCAACCAACAAUGCGAGAAGCGAUACGGGGUCAUACUGCUACCAAAACAGUGGAAGCAGCAGGAUGCGGCUGCGUUCUUUGCUAA